AUGGGUUACAUCUAUGAUGCAGAGGAGAGAGCCAAGGAGCAAAUCAAAAAAAAUCUGACAGACACGCCUAAUGAAAGAAUUAUCACUAGACUUUGGGCUAUGAUUCAAGCAAAAUGGAGCGACCAACUUCACCACCUGUUACAUGCAGCUGGAUGUUACCUGAAUCCCGCCAUUUUUCAUGGGGAAAAUUCAAGGGAGAUACGAAAGAACAGAGACAUUGCGACGGGACUUUAUGUUGCUAUAGAUCAUCUAGUGCCCGAUAAUGAUGACAAUGAUAAAUUAAGGCAAGACUUGAAUCUAUACAUUGAUUCGGUUGGGCAAUUUCGAUCUCCAAUUGUUAUAAGGGCUAGGACAAAAGUUUCACCAUAUAUAUGGUGGCGUACUUAUGGGAUCAACACGCCUUUGCUCCAAAAAAUUGUUAUCACAGUCCUUAGUCAGACAUGUAGUGCUUCACCUUGUGAACGCAAUUGGAGUGCAUUUGACAAUUUACAUUCAAAGAAAAGAAAUUGUCUUUUGCAGCAAAAACUUAAUGACCUUGUAUUCAUGCAACACAACACAAAGUUACAAAGGCGCUACAAUUUGUUAAAAUCCAACAGAUCUUUGGAUCCUAUUUUAUUGAGAGACGUAGAGGAAAAUGAUGAUUGGGUUAUACCAACAGAAGUCGAGCUUCAAGAGUUUGUUGAUGGUAGAGAUGGUCUUCUUUGGUCAGCUACGCAAGAGGCAAUGGGGAGAAACGAAGAAGUUGGGGUAACAACUAGGAGCAAAAGACACUACUAGAAAACAGACCUUUAAUCACAUGCUUUUGAUUAAUGAU